UGCAGAUGUGGUUCAGCAUGGACAGUUGAAACAGCAGGACACCACUCGGUACAGCAACUAAGUUUUCAGCUGAAUAUACAGUCGCGAUAGGUAGCGGUCUUAGUAAAUGGACUGUGAAGAAUAACGAACAGAGAUUGAGCCGUCGUAAUACUUUCUUUAUCCGAUUUGCGAAUCGACUGUACUCCGUCUUCUCAAGGUUCCCCGAACGCGAAGAAAAGAAAAUGCCUGUAACAACUCUUCUACCGUUCACGGCGACCCCGAAUAGGAAGUCUGCCAGUCCAACGUCUUUUCGACUGACAGAAAAAUUCAUUUUGCUGUUAGUUUUCAGCGCUUUUAUAACCUUAUGUUUCGGGGCAAUCUUCUUCUUACCGGAUUCGUCAAAGCUGCUUAGCGGAGUUUUCUUCCGCUCGUCGUCGGUAGAAACUGCAACUCGAACAGGUAUAGAUAGUGGUUCUGUGGGAUCGGCUGAUAAAAUGUUAGCUAAAAUUAGAAAAGAUCACGAAGAUGCCUUAAUCGAAGCUAAAGACACACUUCAGAAACACCCUGAAGAUAUCAAGAAAGACAUCAAGAACGACAAGGACCAAGUUGCCCAAGGUCUAGUUAAAGGCGGUAAAGGUGAUGGUCUACCGAUUAUUGAAUACGUUCGACCACCCGGAGUAAUAGGACACGAGCCCUCAGACCCGGACGCUAAAGAGAAACGAGCGAAAAUAAAAGAGAUGAUGCAGUUCUCCUGGGACAAUUACAAGCGCUACGCCUGGGGCUUCAACGAACUGCGGCCCGUCUCCAAGCAAGGACACUCCAGCAAUUUAUUUGGGGGUCUGAAGGGAGCGACUAUCGUGGAUGCCUUGGACACUCUUUACAUCAUGGAGAUGUAUGACGAGUUUGAAGCUGCUACUGAGUGGGUGGUGAAGAACCUUGACUUUAAUCAGAACACAGAGAUCUCGGUGUUUGAAGUGAACAUUCGCUUUGUGGGAGGGCUGCUGUCGGCCUACUAUCUCUCAGGCAAAGAGGUGUUCAGGCAGAAGGCUGUGGAGUUGGGGGAGAAACUGCUGCCUGCGUUCAAGACCCCCACAGGCAUCCCCUGGGCCCUGCUCAACAUGAAGAGUGGUAUCGGGCGUAACUGGCCGUGGGCGUCUGGUGGGAGCAGCAUCCUGGCGGAGUACGGCACGCUGCACCUGGAGUUCAUGCACCUCAGCAAACUGUCUGGGAACCCCAUCUUCGCCGAGAAGGUCAUGAACAUCCGGAAAGUUCUCAACCGGCUGGAUAAGCCCUCAGGACUCUACCCCAACUACCUGAACCCCAACAGUGGCCAGUGGGGUCAACAUCAUGUGUCGGUGGGUGGACUGGGUGACAGCUUCUAUGAGUAUCUGCUAAAAGCCUGGAUCAUGUCUGACAAAUCGGACGAGGACGGGAAGAAACUCUACUACGAUGCUCUCCAGGCCAUAGAGAAGAACCUGAUCCGCAAGUCUGGCGGGGGUCUGACCUACAUAGCGGAGUGGAAGGGGGGUCUGCUGGAGCACAAGAUGGGUCACCUGACCUGCUUCGCCGGCGGCAUGAUCGCUCUGGGCGCCGACGGAGCUCCUGACCAGCAGACGGGUCACCACAUGGAGCUGGCCGCCGAGAUCACCCGCACCUGCCACGAGUCCUACGCACGCACCAAUCUGAAGUUGGGUCCAGAGGCGUUCCGUUUUGACGGGGGUGUGGAGGCCAUUGCCACGCGUCAGAAUGAGAAGUACUUCAUCCUGCGGCCGGAGGUCAUCGAGACCUACAUGUACAUGUGGAGGUUCACCCACGACCCCAAGUACAGGCAGUGGGGCUGGGAGGCUGUGCAGGCUCUGGAGCAGCACUGUAGGGUGGAGGGGGGCUACAGCGGUGUGAGGGACGUCUACGCCUCCAGCCCCAACCAUGACGACGUGCAGCAGAGCUUCUACCUGGCAGAGACGCUCAAGUACCUGUAUCUGUUGUUCUCCGAGGACGACCACCUACCAUUUGAGCACUGGGUGUUCAACACAGAAGCCCACCCUCUACCCAUCAUCAAGAAGGACUUCAACAGCAAUCAGGCCAAUGAGGUGGAGUAACCAGCCAUAACCUCUGACCUCUGAACUUUGACCCAAGAUGGAGACAUCCCAAGGACAUCCCAAGGACACCUCUUUCAGUGGGCAGAGUAAGGGCGGAGGAUUAGGACCGCCCCCUGCCCCGCCCCCUCUGUCCAUCUGUGGAUCUGAGAUCUGUGACCUGUGACCUCUCGCGGGAUUGGACGGCUGCUCAGUCCUUCCCCCAGAGCCAGUCUGUAAUUCGAGGGCUCAACCUGAAGCAUUCUCGGGCCCCCGACUUCUCCGACCUCUUGGAUCAGCCCCCUUCCCCAGAAGAUCCACCCUGACCCUGACCCUCUUGGCUCUAUGGAGAUCCAUCCUGACCCUCUUGGAUCCAUGGAGAUCCACUCUGACCCUCUUGGAACCAUGGAGAUCCACCCUGACCCUCUUGGAACCAUGGAGAUCCACCCUGACCCUCUUGGAACCAUGGAGAUCCACCCUGACCCUCUUGGAACCAUGGAGAUCCACCCUGACCCUCUUGGCUCCAUGGAGAUCCACCCUGACCCUCUUGGAUCCAUGGGGAUCCUCCCUGACAACUCUGGCUCCAUGGAGAUCCACCCUGACACUCUGGGUGUGUGGAGGGUCUUUGUUUGGGGUCGGCGUCUGUCUUUGGAGGUCUGCAUGCUGCCCCGUUCUCCUGCCCCUGACCCCCUCGCUCCAUUCCGUCCGCCACAAACUCCCCAAACUUCAACCAAGUCCUGACCCCGGGCUUCAUUUUGGAAGAGGUCCAAGAACUCAGUACCUCCUCUGUGAGGAGAUCUUUGGGCUGUUAAAUCAUCUCGCUCUCUCUCCCUCUCCCUCUCUCUUUCUAUCUUUCACUCUCUCUCUCUCUCAUACAGUACACACACGCACACACACUUUCUGUUUGUUUGUGUAAGUCAUACUGGAUUCAAGGCUUCGUCAUUUGUGUUGUGUCUUUGGUUGUCGUUUUGAAGUCCUCUUUGUUCUCCUGAGGGUGGGGGAUUUUUGUUUGUUUGGCUUUUGUUUGUUGUUUGAUGAUUUGUUUACUUGUUUUGGUUGAGUUCAUCAGCUUGACCUUUCAAGGUCUCAGUUUUCCUUGUGUUCCAAUGUGUUGGCUUUCUGAAAGCUACUUAUGAGGAUCUCGGAGGACUAGGCUUUGGGCAGACUUGUCAGACAUUUUGUAUGUUCUUUUCUUCGACCCCAGCUCUGUAGUGAUCUCCAGUCAAAUAGUGCCUUUUUAAUCUCAGAAAUGGUUCAACAUUUUAAUUUAUUUAUUCCCAGCAAAAAUGAACUGGGAUUCGCUUGUGUUUGUCAUUGUUGUGAGGUUUUUGUUUGUCCGUCUGUUUCUGAAUACUGUUAUCAUCUGGCACUUGGCCAAUCCUAGUGACAUUUGGUGUUUGGCGCUGUCACCUGCAAGGGAGUUCCAGAAGAGAUUGCACACAAGGAGUUGUCUCUUCCUUUCUUUCCAUCUCUCUCCUCCCCUCCCUCUAUCCCUCUGUCUCUCUUCUCUCUCUCUCUGUCUCUCUCUCUCCCUCUCUCAGAAAUGCAGACAUGUUUACAACUCUCCAAAUCCUUUCCUUCUGAGAUUAUUUCCUUCUGAGAUUACGGUUUGGAUGAGGGGAGGCACAAUAAAGACUGAACCACUUCUAUUGACAUACCAUCAAUAAUUUUGUCUCCACGGCGAUGUUUCUCUCCAGGCUUCCAUAGUUUUUCCGCUAGUGAGCUAAUCACUUUCGUUUCAUGAUGGGAAGAGAGAGAGAGAUUGAGAAAAUGGAAAAACUCUUUGUUGCUAUUGUUAAUGUUGCUGUUUAUCUAAUGGGGGGCCAGACAGGGACAUUCAUCAACCCGUAGCUUUUGUAUAAAAACAAAAACAAAAAAACAAAUGCUUUAAUUCAAGCUUAAUUUAUUUGAUGGUGUUGUGACUUUAUGAAAGUUGUGUUCUUCACAGUGUCCAGGGGUCACUUGGGGGAACUAGGCCCACGUCUGGCACUACACUGAAGUCGUUGGUGAUUUGUUUUUAUUUUUUUUUCUCUCUUUUUUAUUAUUAUUAUUUUUUAAAAAACUCUGGCUGGGAGGCAGAAAGGGUGAAGCCAAAAAAAGCUGUAGUCCCCCCAAAUAGCCAGUUGAAGAUCAACGGGAUUAAACGAGAUGAAUGAAUGUACCACCAAAUGUGAAAUGGAAGUAAUUUCGCCUUGUGAUGUUUAUCUUUGUCUUCUGUUCCUACAUUUUAUUUUCUCUUUAUUUUAGCUGUUUGUUUGGUUUCAGUGUUGGUUUUGUUGUGUUCUUUAAAGUACCCUUUGUCCUGCUAAGCACAACUGAAUGAAAGCUUCUGUCCUGAUAUUAGAUGGAGGGAGAAAAUGAAUGAAAUGAAUAGAAGGUUUUUUUUUCUUUUUUUGGUGAAACGAAGUCAAGAAAGCACAAGAUGUUUCUCCUUCUGUUGAAAUAAUAGCAAAGAGGGACAAGGAAAGGACAUUUCAAAGAGCAGCACUACACUGGAUGGGAAACAGUAAACACACACUUUUAUACAUAUUUCUUUGUAAAAUACUGUACUACAACCAUUCCUAUCUCUGCUGCAUUUUAACAACUAACAUCACAGGAAACAUGCAUUUCUUCAUGGCAUCAUGCACAGAUUAGUUCAAUCUCACUCGUGGAGGACAAAUAUUGUGUCCUGAGUGACUGAUUUUCUCUAGGGCAGGUUUGCCUGGAUAUGGCAUAGUCCCCCGUCUAAUCAGGGGACAUGGACAUUCACAAACACACUCAUGUGCAAUGAAUGAUGUAAGACAAACAGUGUUAUGUGCAAGAAAAAAACAACAUUGGUUGUAUUGUAUCAGACAGGGACAUGUCCAGUUACUGGUAAUGAUAUGAAUAAGUUGUUAUUCCCUAACAGUCUUGACCACAAGGAUACAACACAUACACACUCACGUACACACACACACACACACACAUCUGCACUUGCUCUGCAGGAUAAAGCCGACCUCUCUUCAGCAGCUCUAGCAUGAAACACUCAUUCUUUAUCCCUCUCGGUGGAACAGAGGUCGCUAGUUAGGUAUAGCCUCAGUCUCAGUCCACUAGAGAAAAGGCCCUCGGCAUCACUGCUGCAAAGUGGGUCCGAAAUGCUGAAGUGUGUUCCAACUCCCGAGUGAAUCUGCUGCUGAUAGGGGGCGCUAUUGUGCAAUAAGGACAGGUCAGGUUGGCUACCUUCUUCCAUUAAUCUCCAAAUACUGAGGACUUAUCACUCAGGAGGACAGUGGGAAACUAGUUCACAAGCCGUGGGGGCUUGUUUUGUUUUGUCCUGAGUGUUAUAAGCCUUAGUUCUAAACAUUCAGUCCCUUAUAUCAUAAGCAGUGGAAUCAGGAUCUCGUAGACAUACCAGAUAGUGACGAGGGCGUUAGACACUCCUUUCAUCACUUUGGGAAGACUGUGUGACAGUGUUGGGAAAGUGAAGGGUGUGUGUGGCGCUUGUGUAACUGGAACUGCAGUAUGGGAGGCAUAAUAGGAUACACUGUGAAGCUGUAGAUAUAUCGACAUGGCCGUGUCUCAGUAGCCCACGUACAGUAGGAAUUUGUUUUUGACAAGAGGAUCUCUAGUUUGGCUGGUUGGUACGCGUCUUCAGUGGUGUUUCAAUGCAGUGUUGGUGAGAGUCAACAGCUCGCUACGAGUGUUAGAUUCACGCUUCAGUAUGCUGGCCUAGAAGACAGUCCUGAUAUUUUGUUUCUGACUCUAAAAGUUGUGGUAAAAUGUGUUGACUAUCAGUUACUAUGCCUUUUUUUCUCAUAUUUUGUUUGUUUGGUUGGUUUUAUUGUUGUUUCUUUGCUUUUGUGUUUGGUCUGUUAAUUAUUGUGAAUCUGUUAAUGUUUUGUGAAACAACCUCAGAAAAUGUAACUGUACAAUAUUGCUGAUAAUCAUUCCAUUGCACAUAGUUUAUUUUUUGUUUUAUGCAAUUAAUUUGUGGGGAAUAAUUCCUUUUCUUUAUGUUUCACUUGUUAUUAAUGUAAAUAUUCCAUUCUGGCUGAUGAUGCCAUUCUACAUUUAUAUAUAAAAAAUCAUAUGACCUUAUUGAAUAAAUAAUAAUAAUUAUCAGCAAAAUUUUAAUAAACUAUAUUUGUUAUAAUUCUACUUUGAAUAAAAUAAUGUUUUAAUAUA